ACUAGAUCUUUGAGAGGUUUGGUGAAAAAAUACAGAAGCUGCAUAUAGAUAGUACCACACCAGUAAAUUCAAUGACAAAUUGUGUGAGUGCCAUUCCGCUAGCUUGUCAACAAACUAGAGGUUUAAGUUACUGAGUGUGAGCUGUGCGAGCUACGACGAGUACGACAUUUCACGAGCGGGAGCCAGCGAUCCCACGCCAGUGAGCCCGGGUCGUUGACAAGGAGGAAACCGCUGAAUUCCUGAAAAGUGGAACAGUGCAUUGAUCAUGGCGCUCAAUCCAUCAUCAGCGUUUAGAAUGAGAGCACUGAACAUGAUGAAGUGUAUUUCUUAUGCAUCAGUUUCUCGAAGAACUAAUUUUUGGAUACAAGGACAGGGCAAGGGAUUUCAUCAAAGUUCAAAUUUACUCAACGAAGUUCUGAUGAACAUGACAAAGGAAAAGCGCAUUUUCUCCGGGAUCCAGCCUACGGGGGUGCCACACAUCGGCAACUACCUUGGAGCUAUCCAGAACUGGAUCCAGCUCCAGGAAGAGGAGAAUACCGAGAUGAUCCUGAGUAUAGUGGAUCUUCAUUCCAUCACUCUCCCCCAGGAUCCCAAGGAGUUAAGGGAGAGUAUCCUUACCUCUGCUGCUGUUCUCCUUGCCUGUGGAAUCGACCCUGAUAAAAGUAUUCUCUUCCAGCAGUCAAGUGUCCAUCAGCAUGCCGAGUUGAGUUGGAUAUUGGGCUGUAGAACAACACUUGCUAGGCUAGGACAGUUCCCACAAUGGAAGGCUAAAGCAGGGAAUGAUAAGACCAAGUCCUGUGUUGGUCUGUACACCUACCCAGUCCUCCAGAGUGCAGACAUCCUCCUCUACAAAGCUACUCAUGUUCCAGUAGGUGAAGACCAGAUGCCACAUCUGGAGCUGGCUCAAGAUUUAGCCAGGAUCUUUAACAAUGCCUAUGGGGAAUUCUUUCCAGCCCCCAAAACAAUUGUGGGUGACUUCAAGAAGAUCAAGAGCCUACGCAACCCUGAACAGAAGAUGAGCAAAUCAGAAUCAGAUCCUAAGGGAAAGAUAGAACUGACCGAUUCCUGUCAGGAUAUCCGCGAGAAGUUCAAGAAAGCAAAAACAGACUUUAUCUCAGAAGUGACCUUUGACCCUGAGACGCGACCUGGGGUGUCCAACCUUGUAGCCAUCCUGUCGGCGUUUACAGGGAAAGAACCGACCAAGAUAUGUGAGCAGGUUGAGAUCAUGAACACGGCUCAGUUCAAGAUGGUCGUGGCUGAUGUGGUCAAUGAGAAGUUGGAACCUAUUAGGAAUAAAGUUUGUGAACUCAGAAAGGACAAGGCCUAUCUGGAAGAGGUUUUGAAGACAGGACAGAAAAGGGCGCAGGAGAUUGCAGAAACAAAUCUUGAUACUGUGAAAAGGAUGGUUGGGUUAUCAUAGCAGCAGGUGCACAUGGGUUGAAGGACUGCAGUCGUGAUCCUAGCUGGUGUCCAAGGAAUUCCAGUUUGUGCGUACUCUAGGAACAAACUUGGGACCAUUAAUGCAAAUUUACAAAUGCCACAUCUAUUAGAAGGAAUACCACUCAGCAUUUCUCACAGUCUGUUUCCUCACAUUCCCAUUUUUCUUGUCAAUGCUGAAAUGGGAUUUGUGAUGAAAGGGCACUGAGCAGGACUCCUGAAGAAAGACAAGGCUCAGAUUUUUCUUUUACUAUUAAAGUGCCUAAGGCUAAAGAUGACUUUAUUUACAAGUACUUUAUCAGUGAUGUUAAUGUCGUGCAAUUUCAAGAUAUGAGAUAUUUUAUUAACAUUUUCUCCUGAUAUGGCAGUUCCUUAUCUAGGGGCCUGUUUCAGGGUUUGAGUUGGGUUUUUAUUGCAUUAUACCUUUUUUAAAUGAGGUGAAAAAUUAUGAAGUGAAUGAAUGAAUGAAUGAAUGGAAAAGUUGCAUUGAAAUGCAACUCAAAAAUUUGACCUCAAAAGUGUUUCUGAUUGGAUGCAAAUCAAGAUGCAUUUCAAUUUUUUAGUCAUUUUAUUUAGUUGUUUUAAGUACCAAUUCAUUAGGAUUCCAUAUGCAUGCUGCAUCAAAUUUGUACAUGUAUUCUUGUAUGAUGUUAAAUUCACAUGUACAUGUACAUGCAUGGGUGAGGGAGAACUUUAUUGCAUUU